GACUCCGCCUACAGCCCGAGUGCACGCACACACAGCCUGUGAGUUUCAAACUUCCGAGUCCUAGAGCUAGGAUUCUUUAUCAAAAACCUGUCGAGGUAUUCGCCUGAAUUAUCCUUAAAACCUUCCCUUUUGGAGGUUUCUAGUAACUCUUUGAAAGUUUGUCGGUGUAUUUGAGGCCUGGACAAACUGACAAUCCAAUGUAUCGGACAUUGCAACAGUUCCUCGCGCUUAUGGGUUUAUUCGCAGUGCCAGGUGUGCUGCGAGUCGUUGGGAUGGAGAUUUUCACAUCCAAGGAGGUGGAGGCGUUGAACGGGACAGAAGUGAGAUUGAAGUGCACCUUUAAGUCCAAACACCCAGUGUCCCACUCCUCUGUGGCUGUCUCCUGGAACUUCCGUCCCCUGAACCAGGGAGCUGAGGAGUCGGUGUUUUACUACCAGGAGACGGCAUACCCCCCUACAGAGGGGCGGUUUAAGGGCCAUGCAGUGUGGUCAGGGGACAUCCUGAGACAGGAUGCCUCCAUCAGUCUGCAUGAAGUCCCCUUCACCUUCAACGGCACCUACACCUGCCAGGUCCGCAACCUGCCCGACGUCCACGGCAUCAAUGGAGAGGUCACCCUCAGGGUUGUCCACAAAGUCUCCAUCUCUGAUAUAGGCAUCCUGGCUGCAGCCAUCGGGGGAACCAUCGCCAUAGUCCUGGUGCUGCUGGGUCUCUUCAUGGUGUUCAAGUACCGCAACCGCCAUGCCAACACAGACAUGGAGCUGCAGGGGAGGAAACUGCAGGAAACCAGAGAGUUGCAGGAGAGAGAGUUGCAGGCCAACAUCCUACAGGAGAGAGAGCUACAGGCCAGGGUUCUACAGGAGAGAGAGUUGCAGGCCAACAUCCUACAGGAGAAAAAGCUGAAGGCCAGUGAGAAGGAGCGUAAGGACCCUACAGUGUGGUGAUGGGUCAGGGGUCAGGGGCGUGUCUCCCUCUCUACCUCUGCUGACUGGUGUGGGGAGGCGUUCUGUCAGGACGGACUGGUCUCUGACUGGAGGGGCAGGCCAGUCCAGGACCACUAUUUGGGAGGGACUGAUGCAUUUUUUUGGUCGGUGUCCUUCUUUCUUCUACCCUCCACUCAUCUCUCCCUCAAUAUGAGUAUUAGGGAUCUCUGUACAUUCCACUAGUUUUAAUGUCAGGGACUGUUUUAUGAACUUAAUGUUUUUUACAGACAACUAUGUGAUUGGGUUGACUGUGCCAUCCCAGGAUAUACAGUAUUUUUUUUUCAAAUGUAACCCCCCCCCAAAAAAACAUCACUUAUCAGAAUGCUAACAAAAUGCAAAAAGUACUAAGGAAUCCCCAUAGCGGAUGCUAGGUAAAUGCUAACGAACGCUUGGGAACAUUUUACUAUUAACAACCCAGCUCCUAAAGUUAUGCAAGUAUCUCGAAAUGCAGCAUGCACAAAAUAUAUAUUAGACAGCAGGGAUCUUAUUUCAGGACGGGAUCGUGUCUGCUGCUGUUACCAAGAAGCUUGAUCUUGCAAGCUAAGUGUAGCCACUUAGCUGGCAUUAGUAAAGUAGCAGGACCCAGCUGGAAAUAAUUUAUUUGGUACAUCUUAGAUAGUUAAAUUAGUAGUUAUAAGAUGCAUAGCUGGCAAACAGCUGUAACUUGAUCACUUCACUUAAGUUGUGCUGUAGGGGUGACUCACCUCAUGAAGCUCCCAUUUUGCUCAUCGUCUAUCGUUGUAAACAAACAAACUUGACUUGCUCAAACAGCUGUUUUGGGAACUAGUACUGGUAAGCUUCAUAAUGGUUAACACGUUCUGCUUUAUCUAUUACCUAGUGCACAAGUUGAAUGCACGUAUUUAUUUAAAAAGUACUAAUAUUAAAAUGUAUAAAAACAAAAAACAUUAUUGACAGUAUUGUAAAAUCAUACUGAUGUUGUUUCGAAAUACCCCGGGAUACGGUAUAUACGGCGUACCGCCAAAUCCUACUAUGUGAUUGUAUUUUGACUAUGUAGUAUGGUGACUACUCUUAUUAGAUAUGGCUGAAUUGACACCAGCGGCAGUCUCUUGAUGUGGUGGCAUCUGUUUCAUUACAUUUGGUUUGGUAGCCAUUUGUUCUAAAUUCAUUUACAGAAUUAUUUUAACACUUGAUUAAUCUUGAUUAAAUUUGGGAAUAAUGUAUUUGGCAGCAGAUUUGUGAGUGUGUUCUAUGGUUAUGAUUAAGGUCCCGUUGUGAAUUUAGUCAGUGAAACCAUUUUUUUUAUUUUUUAAAACCUGUUCUAUCUGGGGUAGGCUACAGUAAGGGCUAGUGCUGGUGGAAGCCCUGUAUCUAGGGGUGGCUAAGGGCUAAGCUCAAGGUAAAUAGGGCUGGUGGAAGCUUUCCUGGGCCAGGAGCUUUCAGUGACUAACACACUCCUGCUUCCUGCAACAAUGACAGCAUAAAUUACUGCCUAUUACUGCUGGACAUAAAACGUAACUGUCAAUCACCUUUGAAUGCAGAAGAAGAACCCCACAAUUCCAAGAAGCCUGUUUUCCAUGUGUUAUGUAGUUUUUGUGAUCUGAUGUGCCCAACGUGUCCAUUGAAGGAAGCCUUUCCAUC